AUGAGCUGGAUCUGUUUAAACAGUCUGCCACUAUAUUUUGCUGUGAGGGAAUGUAGACAACUUGAAUAUUCAUUUGAUACUGGAAAGCUAGAUCCCAGCCCUGAAGAUGGAGCCUUUAAAGAAGAUGCCCCUGACUGUAUAAAAUGCUCAGAAGACUCAUGGUCUGAUGAAGGAAGAAGAAUCUGUGUUCCAAAGGUUGUAGAGUACCUGUCAUACAGCGAUCCACUGGGUGCAGCCCUGACGUCUGUUACCAUUUUUCUUUCUAUCAUUCCUGCCUUUGUACUUUGGAUUUUCAUUACAUAUCGUGACACACCAAUAGUAAAAGCAAACAAUCAGAAUCUCAGCUAUUGUUUGCUAGUAGCUCUCAGCCUUUGCUUUCUCUGUGCAUUAAUAUUUAUUGGAAAACCAAUCAAGAUAACCUGCUUUAUCAAGCAAUCUGCAUUUGGCAUAGUAUUUUCAGUUUGUGUCUCAAUUAUUUUAGCAAAAACAAUUACUGUUGUUAUUGCAUUUGGUGCAACAACACCCGGAGGUUUCCAACAGAGAUGGUUAGGAUCCAAUACUCCAGGUUUCAUAGGGCUUUUCUGUAGUUUUGUUCAAGUUUGUAUUUGCACUGUUUGGCUUGGAUAUUCAUCACCUUUUCCAGAGGAAAACAAGAGCUCAUAUAAGGACAAAAUAAUCAUAGAAUGCAAUGAAGGCUCUAAAACAAUGUUUUACUGCAUGCUUGGAUACCUUGGUCUACUGGCAACUGUAUGCUUCAUAGUUGCUUUUUCAGUUAGGAAACUGCCAGACAGAUAUAAUGAGGCUAAAUUCAUAACAUUUAGCAUGUUAAUUUUUGUUAGUGUUUGGCUUUCAUUUAUACCAGCAUACUUGAAUACUAAAGGGAAAUAUGUGGUUGCUGUUGAGAUAUUUGCAAUUUUGUCAUCAGGUUUUGGGCUACUGAGUUGCAUUUUUUUCCCAAAGUGCCUUCUAAUUCUACUGCGACCUGAUUUAAAUACAAGAGGUUCUAUUACACAUAAAUCACAUUAA